AUGCCGAGCACCUCGGAGGCGGCGGCGGCGGCGUCCGGAGGCGGGAGCGGCGUCCGGGGCUGGGGUGGUGGCUCCGAAUCGCCGGUGGCGGAGAAGAAGCAGAAGCGUCUGUAUCCGCAGCGGCGGCGGAAGCGCUACUCCUCGAAGCAGAAGCAGCAGCAGCUGCCGCCCCCGCUGCCUCCUUCUCCCGUGGCGGGCCCGCCAGCCCCUUCGCUGCUGUGCCCGCUGCUGCAGCCCUCGGUCCUGCAGCCGCCGCUGCCGCCGCAGUCCGUGCUGUUCUUCGAGGCUACCGGCGGCGACGCCUCCUCCUGCUGCGGGGAAGUGGGGGAUCGGAAGCGGCCGCGGGCCAAGUGGCGCUCGGGCUCUUGGCACAAGCGGUGGCGCGGCAGGUUAGGGGUUGGUGGGGGCGGCAGCUCUGGGGCGGGACUCACGGUCUCGGAGCGGCGCGGGAGCGGGGCGGGCCUGGGGCCACUGGUGGAGGCGUCGGCCGAGGAGUACGACGACGUAAGCUCUCAGUCUGAGGGGCCGCUUGGCGGCGGAACGGCCGGGGCGGGGAGCGGCGGGGGGAGCCCGGCUUCCUCCGGUGGUGGCGGCGGCGGGAGCCUGCAACGCCCGGGCUGCGCCGAGUCGGAUCGGAGCAACCGGCGACCGCGCAGGGAGCACCGCAGCAGCAGGGGUCGACGCUCCCGGGAGCGACACCGGGAGCACCGCAGGCGGGGGGAGGAAAAGGACAAGGCACCGCAGCAGGAGGGGGCGGCGGCCGCGGUCGUCCGGGGGGGAGCCGAGGCUUCCUCUUCCUCCUCCAAGUCCCGCAGCCGCCACAACCACAGCGGCGGCCAGGACCGAGAGGCUACCCGGAGUGGCGGCGGCGGCAGCGACGGCCGCAGGAAGGGUUCAGCUGCCAAGCCCAGCAGCGGCAGGAAAGAGAGGGAGAGUAAGACUAAGGCCCGCCGGAGCCGCACCAAAGCGGCCAAAGAGCCCCCCUCGGUGUACAAGGACCCACCCAAGGCCUACCGAGAGGACAAGACCGAGCCCAGAGCCUACAGGAGGCAGCGAUCGUCCCCCAGUCCCUGCCGGGAUGACAGCCCUCUUGGCCACAGGGCCUCGCAAGGUCAGCGGAGCCGCAAGUCGCCCAGUCCCCGCUCUUCUCUCAGCCCUUAUCGGCGUCGGUCGCCCAGCUACAGCCGGCACAGCUCCUACGAGCGCGGCGGGGAUGUGUCGCCCAGUCCCUACAGUAGUUGGCGCCGCUCCCGCAGCCCCUACAGUCCAGCCAUCAGGAGAUCGGCAAAGUCCCGAAGCAGAAGCCCUUACUCAAGGCAUUCAAGAUCUCGCAGUAGGCACAGAUUAUCAAGAUCCAGAAGCCGGCAGUCAAGUAUUUCUCCUAGCACUCUGACUCUAAAAAGUAGCCUGGCUGCGGAGUUGAACAAGAACAAAAAAGCUAGAGCUGCAGAGGCAGCCAAAGCCAAUGCAAAAGCUUCAAACACCUCUACACCUACUAAGGGAAGCACAGACACUGGGGUGACUGUACCGCAAGUGAACAGUGUGAAGGAACUGAAAAAGACAAAAACAGAGCAUGUACGUUCACCAUUGGGUGUUUCAGCCCUGAAAAAUGAUAAGACAAAGGCAAAAAUCCCCGUUCCGGAGACAAAGGCUGAAAACAACGUGAUUGUAGAGAAAGCUGCUAAACAAAAAGUUUCAGUGGUGAAGGAGAGUAAAUCAACACCUGUGAAACAGCCACAGCUACCGCUGCCACCGCCACCACCACCACAGCCUGUUGCAGUGAAAGAGAAAAAUAAGCCGCAUCCCCCAAGUGCAGCACCCAAGGAAAAAGAGCGCAGUACUGCACUAAUAACUUCCACGCUGCCACCCCUGCCUCUUCCUCCUAUGCUGCCUGAAGAGAAAGAUACAGAUUAUUUGCAAGGGAACAUUUCUGUGAAAGCAGUUAAAAAAGAAGUGGAGAAGAAGUUACGCCACUUGCUUGCAGACCUACCACUGCCCCCUGAGUUGCCUGGAGGAGAUGAGGCAUCCAGAAGCCCCGAAGAGAAGAAGAUACCAGUGCAGCCACAUCCUAAAAAGAGGCCGAAGAUAUGUGGACCACGCCACGGUGAAACAAAGCAAAAAGAAAUUGACUGGGGGAAGCGUUGUGUGGAUAAAUUUGAUAUCAUUGGCAUUAUUGGAGAAGGCACUUAUGGGCAAGUUUACAAAGCAAGGGAUAAGGAUACAGGAGAAAUGGUGGCCCUAAAGAAGGUACGGUUGGAUAAUGAGAAGGAAGGAUUUCCAAUUACAGCUAUUCGAGAAAUUAAGAUUCUUCGACAACUUACUCACCAAAGUAUAAUCAACAUGAAGGAAAUUGUGACAGAUAAGGAGGAUGCUCUAGACUUCAAGAAGGACAAAGGUGCUUUUUAUCUUGUAUUUGAAUAUAUGGAUCAUGAUUUGAUGGGGCUCCUGGAAUCUGGUUUGGUUCAUUUUGAUGAAAACCAUAUAAAAUCCUUCAUGAGACAGCUGAUGGAAGGUUUGGAUUACUGUCAUAAGAAGAAUUUCUUGCACAGAGAUAUAAAGUGUUCCAACAUCUUAUUGAACAACAGAGGGCAGAUCAAACUUGCAGAUUUUGGGCUUGCUCGGUUGUAUAGCUCUGAGGAGAGUCGGCCAUAUACCAACAAAGUUAUCACUCUGUGGUAUCGUCCCCCCGAACUUUUGCUAGGCGAGGAACGAUACACACCUGCCAUUGAUGUCUGGAGCUGUGGAUGCAUACUGGGUGAACUUUUUACUAAGAAGCCAAUAUUCCAAGCAAACCAGGAACUUGCUCAGCUGGAAUUGAUAAGCCGCAUAUGUGGGAGCCCUUGUCCUGCAGUAUGGCCUGAUGUGAUAAAAUUGGCAUAUUUCAACACCAUGAAACCAAAGAAGCAGUAUCGGCGAAGACUGAGAGAAGAAUUUGCUUUCAUUCCCUCAGCUGCACUAGACCUCUUUGAUUAUAUGCUUGCUCUGGAUCCCAGCAAGCGCUGCACAGCUGAACAGGCUCUUCAGUGUGAAUUUCUGCGAGACGUGGACCCUUCAAAGAUGCCUCCGCCAGACCUUCCGUUAUGGCAAGAUUGCCAUGAGUUAUGGAGUAAGAAGCGCAGAAGGCAGAAGCAGAUGGGCAUGACUGACGAUGCAGCUAAAAUUCCCAGGAAGGAUCUGUCCUUGGGCAUGGAUGACAGCAGAGCCAACACCCCUCAGGGCCUGCAGACCUCUUCGCAGAUGAAAAUGCAAGGCAAUUCUAACAUAGCACUUGUGAAAGGAGGCAGUGGACAUCCGCUGAAUCAAAAUGAAGUAGCCAUUCUCCUAAAUCUGUUGCAGUCUAAAACCUGUGUUAACAUGGCACAGUUUGCUCAAGUGCUGAACAUUAAGGUGAAUCCUGAGACUGAACAACAGCUGAAUAAAAUAAGCCUUCCUGCUGGCAUUUUGGAAGCUGGGGAAAAACAGUCUGAGCAGCAGCAGCAGCAGCUACCGCCACCCCAACCAGCACCGCUGCCUCCUUCACCAGACCAAGAGCCCUUAAAACAAACUGCAGCCCCUCAGCCUCCUGCACAGCCCACACAGUUGACCCAAACAAAAGUUGACACGGAGGUUACCCAAGCAGCUGUGCAGAGUACGUUUGCUGUUCUCCUAUCUCAGUUAUUAAAGACUCAGCAAGUGAAGCAAAAAGAAAGUGUAUUAGAAGAGAAGGAGAAUGGAUCAGGAAACGAAAUGCCAUCACAUCCAAGGCAGCCUCCAGAGCCAAGUACGCCUGCAUCUGGCAACUGGGAAGAUGCAGAAUCUCCAGCAUCUAUUUACCCCCAUCUUAUCAAAUCAUUGUACACAUGUGCAGGACAAGAUGACUUGACCAGACAGCCUGAGCUGAGGCCUCAAACUCCAGAAGAACGACCUCGCAUCUUGCCCCCAGAUCAACGGCCCCCUGAGCCACCAGAACCACCGCCUGUCACUGAAGAAGACCUUGAUUAUCGGACAGUGAACCAACACUUGUCUUCAGGGAUGGAUCCUCAUGCUGGAGUGAAAGCAGCUCUUCUACAGCUGCUUGCUCAUCAUCAGGCCCAAACAACAACUGAGCAACCAGCAACAUCCAGUGUAGAUUUCCAGUCCAGAGACUCCUUUGUAACAGGCCCGGACUACGACGAUGGUUUUGGAUCUUCUGCAUUUUCUUCUGCCCACUACAGCAGCAGUGAUGGAAUAGGAAGUGGAUCCUCUGGGACACUCGAAAGGGGCAACUUCAUUGGGAACUCAGAGGUUCAACCCUUGGAGAACUACAAUACUGCUUCAUCUCACUCUAGUGGUGCCCCUCCACCUCCUGCCUUUUCAGAACCAUUUCAUAGCUCAGUAACUGGUUAUGGAGACAUUUACCUCAACACUGGUCCCCUGCUAUUUAGUGGUGACAAGGACCAUAGAUUUGAAUAUAGCCAUGGUCCUAUCACUGUUCUGGGCAACAGUGGUGACACUUCCACAGGAUCUGAAAGUACUCACACUCUGUCCACAAAAAUGCAGAACUAUAGCUAUGGAAGUAAUUUACCAGACCCCCCUGGUAGUGUUGGUCAUAUGCACGGGCAAACUUGGACUUCUCCUGCCCAAGGACCUGGAUACUCACAAGGAUACCGGGGACAUAUUAGCACAUCAACAGUCAGAGGACGAGGCAGAGGAUUGCCAUAUUGAGCAUCUAUUUCAUGUUUUCCCUCAGGCACAUCAUUUUUACCUGGAAAGACUUUGUAGCUGUGAUUUCAAAGCAGCAAUCCAACAGACUUGAAUAAUGUUAAUUCGACAGCUUUAUUUUUAUGUGGAAAAGGGUCUUGCAUACAAUAGGAAACUGCUUACAAUUCAUGCUGUUCUGAAAAACCAGAUUAAUCAAUUGUACAUCUUUGCAAAUUCUAGCUAUAAAUUUUAUAUUUUGGCAGUUUUAAGUCAAUGCUAAAUUUAGGGACAUCAGCUUUUUAUGGCACUCUGUCAGAUCUGAACUAUGCACACAUGUGCUUUUUUGUAAGUUUGGACCAACUUUUAUGUAAAAAAUUUUACAACAAUCAAAGCAGGGCACUGAUUUAUUUGGUAUUUCUUUUUACAAAACUACCUUUAGUCAAAAAGUCACUGUCAGUCUUUGCACUGCUUUCAGUGUUAUCUGUGGAAGGUGUUUUGUGCUCAUUGACAAUAAAACACAGUCUCUCUUGAUACAACAGUUUUAUAUAUAUUUGGACAUUGAUUUGAUUUACGUUCAAAGCCAUUCAUCUAGUUAAAGAAUCCUGUCCAUCUUCCCAGUGUUUGUAUAAAAACUGUUUUACUUGAAUGGUAAGUGCCUUAACAAUGUAAGCUUAAGGUCUGAAGAACAUUUCAUUAAAUUUAAGAAAGUUGUUUGAAGGUACUUUGUAGUUUGAUACAAAGAUUUAAUAUUUACACUACAUUGAUAGUAAUUUAUGGACAAAUGGGAUAGAUGGCAUGUUUAUGAAUUCUUGUGUGCCGUUAUAGAUUAGUCAAAUUAAGAAACACUUGAAUUUCUCUUUCCUUGAGUUACAACUGUUCGCCCUGGUGAACUGGAGUGAGGUAAAAUAAGAAUGUAUGGACAGUAAUGAAGAAAGGUAGGUUUCCUUCAAUUUUCUGUAAGAGCUCUUACUCGAAUUCCUUUACCAAAUAAAACUUAGUGUCCUGUUUUAUUCAAAA